AUGGAAAGCCCACAGAUAAACUUCCCUCUAGGUCUAGUUUCAGACCAAAAAAGGAGUGGGAUCCAAGAGGAUGGGAGUCCUCCGUUAAAAAAAGCAAUGACGGAAAUGCAUGUAAAUAGCAAAGUACGAGUUGUAAUAAAUAAAUUGCCAACAAUAAAGAAGGAAAACUUGGACGAAUAUGAUGAAACUCCUGUGGAGGCUGAUGGAGAAACAGCCAAGCCAAACAAUACUUCCCUAUCAGAGCCUUUGAAUUUAAAUCCAGGUUUGAAACACACGUUGGCACAGUUCCACUUGAGCAGCCAGAGUUCACUGGGUGGACCGGCAGCUUUUUCGGCUCGCUAUUCCCAGGAAAGUAUGUCACCCACUGUCUUCUUGCCUCUCCCAUCGCCGCAAAUACUUUCUGGUCCGCUGCUCAUUCCUCCAGACAGCUCCACGGAGCUCACCCAGACUUUGCUGGAGGGGGAAUCUAUCUCUUGUUUUAAAGUCGGAGGCGAGAAAAGACUUUGCCUGCCUCAGGUGUUGAAUUCAGUUCUCCGAGACUUCUCACUGCAACAGAUCAAUACAGUGUGCGAUGAAUUGUAUAUAUAUUGCUCAAGGUGCACUUCCGACCAGCUUCAUAUUCUGAAAGUUUUGGGAAUUCUUCCAUUUAAUGCUCCGUCCUGUGGGCUAAUUACGCUGACUGAUGCUCAGAGACUAUGCAACGCUUUACUACGUCCUCGCACUUUUCCACAAAGUGGCAGUUUUCUCCCUGGUAAGAACACCUUGGCCCAACUGAAAGAGACUGGCAGUGCCUUUGAAGUAGAGCACGAAUGCCUGGGCAAGUGCCAGGGGUUGUUUGCACCUCAGUUCUACCUUGCCCCGGAUGACCCCUGUAUCCAGUGUUUGGAGUGCUACGGGAUGUUCUCACCCCAGACAUUUGUGAUGCAUUCACACAGAUCCCCAGACAAGAGGACCUGCCACUGGGGGUUUGAAUCGGCCAAGUGGCACUGCUACCUGCAUAUUAACCAAAAAUACUUAGGAACAUCGGAGGAGCGGGAACUGAAGCAUCUUUUGGAGGAAAUGAAGGAGAAAUUCAGUGAGAAAAAUCAGAAAAGAACUCGGUCCAAAGCAGAUUCACAGCAGAGCCUGGAAUUAUCACAGUGGUAUCCAGUUAUCAAGCAAGAAGCAGAAACUGAUCCUCAGCCACCUUCCUUUUUCCAUCCCAGUUACUACCUUUAUAUGUGCGAUAAAGUGGUUGCCCCAAAUGUCUCUCUUGCAUCACAAUAUAAGGAUGUUGCAAAAACAACAGUCAGAGCUUCAGAAAUAAUUAAAUCCUCACCUGGACAGUCAGAGAAAAAGCUCAGUAGUGGAAAGCACAGAAAAGCUGCCUCCUAUCCCGAGCUUUCCCUUGAAGAACAGGAAAAAAUUGACUUGAAUACUGGUGUGGAGCAGCAUAAACAUUUAGACCCACCUGUGUCAACUCGUUCUGCAAGAGGUGGAAAAUCUGAGGGUGUUUCUUCCAGAAUCACCAGGGACUCUAGCCGUGCUGAAGCAGGUAACGAUGUGCGAACCUUGUCCCCCACCCUUAUGAAAGACAUCAGCUGUGAAGAUGACAAGGGAAAGAUCAUGGAAGAAGUAAUGAAAACCUACAUCAAACAGCAAGAAAAACUGAAUACCAUUUUGCGGAGGAAACAGCAGCUUCAAAUGGAAGUGGAAAUGUUAAGCAACUCCAAAGCUAUGAAAGAAUUAACUGAAGAGCAGCAGAAUUUACAAAAAGAACUUGAGUGUUUGCAAGCAGAACAUGCUCAAAGAAUGGAAGAAUUUUAUUUUGAGCAGAGAGACUUGGAGAAGAAACUGGACCAAGUGAUGAAGCAAAAAUGUAGCUGUGACUCCAAUUUAGAAAAAGAUAAAGAAGCUGAAUAUGCAGCACAGCUAGCAGAAUUGAGACAGAGAUUGGAUCAUGCAGAGGCAGAUAGACAAGAGCUUCAAGAUGAACUGAGACAAGAACGAGAAGCAAGAGAAAAAUUAGAGAUGAUGAUAAAGGAAUUGAAGCUACAGAUCUUGAAAUCUUCAAAAAACGGAAAAGGAAAAUAGAAAUUGGAAGAAGGAGUAAGACUGCGUCCUUCAAACAGGGUGUUUUGGUUUUUAAUGAAUUGUGAGCAGUUUCUGUGUGAUAAGAAAAAGUAUUCUCUACAGAUUUCUAUUUCUCAGACAAGUCCAGAAGAAGAUAUACAUAUAUAUAUAUAAAUAAAUAGGUACACAUUUUUAGAUUUUCCUAACCAAUGAAAAUCUGCAUUUAUUUCUACUGGUGUUUUUCUCAAGCAAUGAAAAAUACGAAACUCUUCAUUUAGAGUGA